AUGUGUUCAACCAAAGUGUUCUCGCCGGCGGCGACGCUAACAACAGUGAUCGUUGUCGCGAUCUUCGGCUCGCUGGCCACCGCGGCCCACUGGGAUCACGCGGUCGAUCUGGACGAAAACUAUCGGCUGCUGUGGAGCAUCACCGGGCAGGACAUCACGUUCGAGGUGCAGGCCCGCACCCAGGGCUACGUCGGGCUCGGCUUCUCCACCGAUGGCACCAUCUACGGCGCCGACAUCGUCAUCGGGUGGGUCGAUAAUGGCCAGGUUCACUUCCAGGACCGGCACUUCAAAAUGAACAGCAACGGCGAACCGCACGUGGACCCGUCGCAGGACUACAUUCUGCUGCUCGGGUACGAGAACGCAACCCACACGGUGCUGCGCUUCCGCCGGAAGCUCGAUACGUGCGAUACGGCGCAGGAUGUGCCGAUUACGAACGAUACGAUACGUAUCAUCUACAUGUAUCACGCCCGGGAUCCGAAGAACGGGGCGCAGGGUAUCGGUACGCUACCGGAUCCGGCGGACGCGUUCAAGGACUCGGUGCCGAUCUUCCUGACGCAGCGCGUCAACCAGGUCCCGAUCGAGCUGGACUCGCGCACCCGAACGCUCGAGCUGCGCAACAAGGACGUACCGAUACCGCAGACCGACGACAAUCUGCGCUGGUGCACGAUGUUCAAGCUGGAUCAGUUCGUCCGCAAACAGCACAUGAUUCGGUACGAGCCCCUGAUCGAGUCGCGAUCGAACAUCCCGCACCUGAAGCACAUGGUGCUGUACGAAUGCCAGGGAUCGUCCCCGGAGCUAGAGAUCAUGUCGCGCGAGUUUGGUCGAUCGUGUGUUCAGGCCGAAAAGGAGCUGCUGGCCUGUAACUCGAUCGUGGCCGCGUGGUCCCGCGGUUCAGAGGGCUUUACGUUUCCGCUGGAGGCCGGCUACCCACUCGACUCGUACCAGGCCCGGUUCUACAUGAUGGAAACACACUACACCGGCUUCCAGAGCAACUCGGUCGAUCUGACGCCACGGGUCGACAACUCGGGCCUCCGGCUGUACUACACGACCACGCUGCGCAAGCACGAUGCGGGCGUCCUCUCGGUGGGGAUCCAACCGAACUGGCGCCACAUCAUCCCGCCCGGUCAGGAUCGGGUCCUGUCCGAGGGCCACUGUAUCGAGGAGUGUACGCAGCGCGCGUUCCCGCGACCCGGCAUCAACAUCUUCGCCGUGAUGAUGCAAACGAACCACAUGGGCAAACAGAUCCGCCUGCGGCAGGUCCGGCAGCGUGAGGAGCUGACGCCCGUGGCGCACGACACGAACGUGGACGCGAACUACCAGGAGUUCCGCCGGCUUCACAGCCCCGUGAAGGCACUGCCGGGCGAUCGACUGAUCGCCGAGUGUACGUACGACAGCACUGGCCGCAAAACGAUCGCCCUCGGGGGGUACACGUCACGCGACGAGACCUGCCUGGUGCUGAGCCUGUACUAUCCGCGCCAGAAGGAGCUCACCUCGUGCCACUCGAUCCCUAGUCUGCCGACGGUGCUGCACGCCGUCGGUAUCAACGAGCUGGCGGCCGGUGCCAAUCCGAUCCGGAUCGCAUCGCCACCGGAGAUUGCCGGGAUGACGCUCGAGGAGCGCCUGCUCACGUACGACUGGCGGGUCAACUUCAACGCCUUCCAGUACGUCAUCCGGAAGGGGGCCUUCAAGCCGCUCUGCUGGAGCGCCCGCAACACUCCCAUCCCGGGUACGGACAGUAUCGAUGCGUACGCGCCGAACCUGACGAAAAUCUGGCGUCCGAUGCCGACGUGUAGCUUCAACGGGGCGGGCCACCAUCACCAGGGCGGGUCGGCCGGUACGGGGUACGGCAACUACGGUAACAGCGUCAAUCGGUUUGUCACCGAGCGCGACAUCAGCCUCGACUGGCCACCGCUCGAGGACGAGCGGACGAACGUGAUCGAAGGGGCGGCCGCCCGCAGCAAAUCGAUCCGGAGCUCGGCCAGCGCCACGACGCCCACCACCAGCCUCGCCGCCGGACUGGCGGCCGUCUCGCGGAUGAUCCUGUUCGUCAUCUUCAUCAACACGGUCAGGUUAACGCUGUGAGGCGACGACGGCUGGUGGUGGUGAAGCCUUCCCGCGAAGGCGAAGUUGUGAUAAGCGCAU